CGGGGGCGGGGAGAGGCAGCCCCGCCCGGCGACGCGCCCCGCAGGCAGUCGGCCUCCUGGCGCUCACUCAAGCCCCGGCGUCCCAGCUCCAGCCUCGGCAUCCCAGCCCCAGCCUCGGCAUGUUGCGCGCCGUUGCGCUUGCCGCCGCCCGCCUCGGACCCCGCCAGGGCCGCCGCCUGCUGUCUGCCGCCGCCACCCAGGCCGUGCCGACCCCCAACCAGCAGCCUGAGGUCUUCUACAACCAGAUCUUUAUAAACAAUGAGUGGCAUGAUGCCGUCAGCAAGAAAACCUUCCCCACGGUCAAUCCAUCCACUGGGGACGUCAUCUGUCACGUGGCUGAAGGGGACAAGGCAGACGUGGACAGGGCAGUGAAGGCUGCCCGGGCCGCAUUCCAGCUGGGCUCACCCUGGCGCCGCAUGGAUGCGUCUGAGAGGGGCCGGCUGCUGAACCGCCUGGCUGAUCUGAUUGAGCGAGACCGGACCUACCUGGCAGCCUUGGAGACCCUGGACAACGGCAAGCCCUACAUCAUCUCCUACCUGGUGGAUCUGGACAUGGUCCUCAAGUGCCUGCGUUACUAUGCCGGCUGGGCUGACAAGUACCACGGGAAAACCAUUCCCAUCGACGGGGACUACUUCAGCUACACCCGCCAUGAACCUGUGGGAGUGUGUGGGCAGAUCAUCCCAUGGAACUUCCCGCUCUUGAUGCAAGCAUGGAAACUGGGCCCAGCUUUGGCGACGGGAAACGUGGUUGUGAUGAAGGUGGCUGAGCAGACUCCACUCACUGCCCUCUAUGUGGCCAACCUGAUUAAGGAGGCUGGCUUUCCUCCUGGUGUGGUCAAUAUUAUUCCUGGAUUUGGCCCCACAGCCGGAGCUGCCAUCGCCUCCCAUGAGGACGUGGACAAAGUGGCUUUCACCGGCUCCACUGAGGUUGGCCACCUAAUCCAGGUUGCUGCGGGGAAGAGUAACCUCAAAAGAGUGACCCUGGAGCUAGGAGGAAAGAGUCCCAAUAUCAUCAUGUCAGAUGCUGAUAUGGACUGGGCCGUGGAGCAGGCCCACUUCGCCCUGUUCUUCAACCAGGGCCAGUGCUGCUGUGCCGGCUCGCGGACCUUUGUGCAGGAGGACAUUUACGCCGAGUUCGUGGAGAGGAGUGUUGCCCGGGCCAAGGCUCGUGUGGUCGGGAACCCCUUUGACAGCCGGACUGAGCAGGGGCCGCAGGUGGAUGAAACGCAGUUUAAGAAGGUCCUUGGCUAUAUCAAAUCUGGGAAGGAGGAGGGGGCGAAGCUGCUCUGUGGCGGGGGGGCGGCUGCCGACCGUGGCUACUUCAUCCAGCCCACCGUGUUUGGAGAUGUGCAAGAUGGCAUGACCAUCGCAAAGGAGGAGAUCUUUGGGCCAGUGAUGCAGAUUCUGAAGUUCAAGACCAUGGAGGAAGUCACUGGGAGAGCCAACAAUUCCAAGUACGGGCUGGCUGCAGCUGUCUUCACAAAGGACUUGGACAAGGCCAAUUACCUGUCCCAGGCCCUCCAGGCCGGCACGGUGUGGGUCAACUGCUAUGACGUGUUUGGGGCCCAGUCGCCGUUCGGUGGCUACAAGCUGUCUGGGAGUGGCCGCGAGCUGGGGGAAUACGGGCUGCAGGCGUACACCGAAGUGAAGACCGUCACGGUCAGAGUUCCUCAGAAGAACUCCUAAAGAACCACGCUGGCUUUCUUACUCCAGUGACAGAAGGGUCAGACGAGAUCAGCUACAAGACCAAGAAAAAUGACCCUUGCACACUAAAGGUCUUGAAAGAGAAACUCUGCCAGAAGAAUCUCUUGGAUCAAGAUAGUUCCUUCCAAUAUAUAGGCUGGGUGUGGGGCAAAGGGUAUAUGGAAAGGCUUUUACACUGCAGUACUGCUCCUAGCUUUCAGAGUGACUUUCCAAAGAUUCAAGUAUCUCAUUCUGUCCAUCUGACACCCUUCCUUCUGUAACUUGCCUUAACGGGGGAGGGAAAGGCCCUGUUGGCCGCUGUACUGUCACUGAGGUAACAGCUGGCACCCUGCUUUGUGUUCUGGACUAAAAACUCAGUAAAGACUGCUGCUCUUCACUUUCUAA